AUGUUCGCUCGUAAAGUAAAGUCAGCAGAUUUUACAGCAUCGUUGCAGCGCUUUGCCGAUCUUCACCGUGAUUGUGCGUCACGGACCAAACAUCUCAAACUUGCUCUCGAUGCCCUUUGCAUCAAGGACAAGAGACAGUUCAUGGAAGAUUAUAGUUUUGAAACUUUCCAUCUGGUAGAUGAAUUGUUACUACAAGCCGAUCUUACACAAACUGCUCAGUCGGUUCUUGAAGUUGAAUCAGCUUUGUGGACGCUCGAACAGCUACUGUGUCUUGCACCAGGAUUAGUUGGCAGUGGCUGGCAAAAGCAUGCCAUCGAAUAUGUCUUGAAAAAGGCUCUGUUUCCACAUAAUUUGCUAGUCGUAAGGAAAAUUGCGCUGCGUCUAUUUAUUAUUUGGUAUCAGAGUUUGGCAAUUUACAGCAAUAGUAAUUCGCAGUUAGAUACCGUUUUUCAAUGCCUUCUUCCGCAUUUCCCAUUAAGGAAUAGUUUGCCUACUGAAAGCAUUUUACACACUUAUUGUCAGUCGACCGCUAAUAUCGCGGGACCAGGACCCAUCCGCCAUUCACCGCUUGUUAGUAAUACGAACAAUACCGCACCAAGUCCGAAGGAAAGAGCACAAUUACUUCAGGUGUAUCUGGAUAAGUUUCUUGAAUAUUGCACAAGAGAAACGGUUCGAAUUGAAUGGAAUGAUGAAAAUAUUCGUCUGGAGUGUGCAAAAUUUAUUUUGGAUCGUGUGAUUGUCCUUUAUAUUUAUGAAAUAUUUCCUGAUAUAGAAACUAAUGGUGUAGAUAUUUAUGGUGGAUGGGAGGGUGGCGAAGGACAGAUGGAUAUUCGCGAUACCGCCGACCCUAUAGUAAUUGCACGAUAUUGGCUUAUUAGGUGGAUGGCGACGGUUGCGCUUACAACUAAUAAUGAUUUAGCUGUGACGGGUCAGCUGCUAUAUCGCAAAGCUUUGUUUUCCAGUCGUAAAGCAACGAAUACACUUUUAACACUUUUAAAAGAAGCUGUAAUGUUACCAUUACCGUGCUCGAAUGUUAUUCAUAAAGUUUUUUCUUUGAUCAAUACAUGGUUGUUACAGCGAAAUCUACCUCCUUUUAUUGGUCAAGAAGGAAUUGCAAUUGAAUCAUUAUCACUUUUGCUCAUUCAUUUUCUUACUUCAUUUUUUCACAGUCCAUACUUACCGGUAGCUGGUGAACGCUUGUCGUCUGCCAUUUCUUUGACGCAGAGUUUACUGCAAACCACUCGUGAUCUCUCCAACCCUUCAACUUCUUUGCAAAAUUCACUGUCAACUAGAGUAUGGUGUGAACUUAUCAGGAGUCUUGCAGCCGGUGUACGCAACGUUACUUCCAGAUCUGACGCUUAUGGACGUGCAACUUCUGGUGCUCUAGCGCAAAACCUACUUGGUGUUAUUGUUUUUGUUCGAGCAAUAAGUGGUAUUGAAAUCGAAGAAAGAGUGUGGGAUGAUGUGCUGGCUGUGUUCCAGUCUGGUUGUUGGAUGCAAAUGAUUGAACAGUGGAGCCGAGUAGUCGGUAGUGUUACACGUGCGCUUAUCCUGAAUCUUUUUGAGGUUGAUGUUGCUCCACCUACUCAAUCGACUUCUCACCAAAUAGUCAAAAGAGUGAAAAGUAAUGAAACGACAAGUACUCAAGAAGAUGGAAAUGCAGAAUUUUCGGAAGAAACUCGAUCCGAAAACGAUAAUUCUGUUGAGGACGAAAAUGCGCAAUUCACUUCAGUGGUGCAGUCUACUGGUGACACAGUAGUGUGGUUGAGAGUGUGGAUGCGAAUUGUUAAUUUGGUCUCUCCGUUGCAUGCUGCUCAUUCAUAUCUUGCUGUUCAGACUAUUUCGAAGACCAUCAACACUUUGCUUCGACUAAGUGGUACUGAUGCACUAAUACAUUGGAUUUGUACCCGGCUUUUACUUCUUCCACCUUCCGGGCAGGCUCACUGUUUACCCGCGUACUGUGCUGUUCUUUCAACUGUCAAUCCUCCACCCCUUAUUGAGGCUCACAUCCUACUUGCUCUAGGCAGAGCGAUUGUUUCCGAACGUGUUACUGUUGUCCUGGAAUAUAUGCCAUCUAUGUCGAAAGAUUAUCUUACUGUAUUGGCACGUCCAGCUCUUAACUCACUCACCCAACUCAUUAAACAGUCCAAUUUUUCACCAAGAAGUGUGCAGGUGGCCGCACUUCUUUCACCAGACCAUGCUGUGGGUGAAACGCUGCUACUUAAUCUGUUAGCGAUGAAUUCGAGUGAGGUGCCGCUGCAAUCCUACUCAUUAGCAUUGCAUGCUCUGGCACUCCUAAUCAUCGAGCGCGCUGAUACGAAAUUAAUGACCGAAGUGAUGAAUCGUGUUUGUAUGCUGAAAACUUCCAGUUUACUUCAUAUGUUCUGUACUGAUUUGAAUCAGUUAAAACAGCUCGGCUUGCGCGACAAAUUAGCCGCUGUCUUGCAGCAGGCACUCGAUUUUAUGAAGGAUGAUCGCUUAGCUGAUGAAUUGCUGUGGCAAAGCGUAUCAACUAGCUUAAUGGAUUGUCAACUUAGACGUUCAUUGCUGGAACGCGUGGUGAAUGGUAGAAGGCUUUGUUUGGAAGGAUUCUUGCUUACGUAUUAUCGGCAAUUUCCAUUACCGUCGUUUACGUUAGCUCACUGUAACUCAGUGGAAAAUACUACCGGAAACUCUCACUAUGAUGCGUUAACAGCAGGACGUGUUUUUUUUGACCAAGGAAGAGCUAUUCUAAGUGUUGAUAUAGACAACGGCGUACGUGUGACAAGUCGAACGCCAGUUGGAAAACACUGUUGGUGUUUUACGCAAGAACGUACGAUUAGGCGUCAGAUGAAUUGCGUUAAUAAUUGGCUGCGGAAGUUAGCACUACGACCGAAGAUCUUGUUAGAAAUGACAAGCAGUAAAGGAGUAGUUGAAGAUCCAUUCGAAAUGUUGCCGCAAUUACCACGGACAUUGCAAGCGGAUCCAAUUGAAUGUAACGAAAUGUAUUUCUUCAUUCAACAGAAUAGGCGCUUAACAACGAGUAUAUCUGCUUCGCGUCAUCCAAAAACAACUCAAUGUUCGCCACGGGUAUUAAAUGAAGAGAAAUUUGUCUUGUGGCGCACGCUUGCUGCUGAUUUGCGGUUAUUCCCAGGCACGCGACAGAUUUCAUCCAGUUUCAACCGCGAUAUCCGACAUCUCGAUCACACUUAUUCUCGAGAGGUGCAUAAAGUGGCUAUUAUCUACGUUGCUAAAGGACAAGAAGACAAAGUCUCAGUACUUUCUAAUAGUUGUGGUUCAGUAGCAUUCAAUGAAUUCAUUUUACGUUUGGGUUGGCAAGUGCAAAUAGGUCAUCAACAUUACGGAUAUAGUGGUGGCCUGCCAAGUGGUGUAAGUGCUCCAUAUUAUGCAUCUGCUGAUACAGAAAUUAUUUUCCAUGUCAGUACUAUGCUCGAUGGAGAUAUUACUCAGAAAUUGAAGCAUUUGGGUAACGAUGAAGUGCAUGUAGUGUGGAGUGAGAACGAUCGUCCGUAUCGUCGUGAUACCAUUGCGACACGAUUUUGUGAUAUACUUAUCAUCCUUUAUCGAAUGUCACAUUACCUAUUUCGGGUUCAAAUUGAAACGCAGCGACCGCUCGAAUUUGGGCCACUUUUUGACGGAGCUCAUAUCCAUAUUUGCAUGCUACCACAUCUAGUUCGUGAUACUGUUGUAAACGCAUCCCGAGCAUAUCGGUUAUCCCAACAAGACUAUGCGCGACCGCUGGAACAUCGCGAAAAAGUAUUCGAAGAAACGCGACGUCAUCUGCAUGUUCCAUCCCCUUCCCUUUCAAUUUCUCAAACAUUUGCUCUUUCACUGAAUUCAUAUUCAUUCUGA